UCCUUUCAUCUCUCUUUCGCAAAACCCCAAAACCCUCGUUUUAUUUUCCUGGUUUCUUCCAUUCAUUUGCCAUAGCAAAGGCUUCAUUGUCUGCAUCCUUCUCCUUGCGAUGCAUCCGGGUUUCCCAGCCUACCCCGGCAACGGAUACGCGACGCAAAGGACGGAAAAGGCGCCGCGGUACCGGCGGAGGAGGGGCACCGGCGGCCGCCAUGGCUCUUUUCGGAUUUCGCAUGAUAAUUUCUCUUCAUCCUCUUCUUCAUCCCACGCGCAACAGUAUCCAGUUGAAUGGGCAUCCUCUCCCAGAUGGAAGGAGUUCGAUGAUGCUUACUUCCAGUCUUAUUCCCAAAUCGGCAUCCACGAGGAAAUGAUCAAGGAUCAUGUGAGGACUGAAACUUACAGGAAUGCAAUCCUGCGACAUCAAAAUUUAAUUUCAGGAAAAGUUGUAAUGGAUGUUGGCUGUGGGACAGGCAUUCUUUCGAUAUUUUGUGCUCUUGCUGGUGCUAGAAGGGUUUAUGCAAUAGAAGCCAGUGAUAUUGCUGCGCAGGCCAGUGAAGUUGUCAGUGCAAAUAAUUUAUCUGACAAGGUUAUUGUCAUUCAUGAAAAAGUGGAGAAAGUUAGCAUUGAGGAGAAGGUAGAUGUCAUAAUUUCUGAAUGGAUGGGAUACAUGCUUCUGUAUGAGAGCAUGCUGAGCAGUGUGAUUUUUGCAAGGGAUAAUUGGCUCAAACAAGGAGGGUUGAUCCUGCCUUCACAUGCAACACUGUAUAUGGCUCCUGUUACUCAUAGUGAAAGAUAUAGUGAAAGCAUAGAUUUCUGGCGCGAUGUCUAUGGAAUUGAUAUGUCUGUGAUGCUCCCACUUGCAAAGCAAUGUGCUUUUGAGGAGCCAUCUGUUGAAACAAUUUCAGUUGAGAAUGUCCUGACAUGGCCAUUCGUAGUUAAGUUUAUAGAUUGCUACACGGUCACAGCUCGUGAGCUUGAAUCUAUUACCGCGAAGUAUAAUUUCACAUCUAUGUUGAGAGCUCCUCUCCAUGGCUUUGCUUUUUGGUUCGAUGCUGAGUUCAACGGUCCUUCAACAUUCCCUACCAACGACAAUUUACUUUCUGGGGGUUCAACUUCCAAUUUAUAUUCUACUGCUUAUAAUAAUCAGACGAGAAAGAAAGCUAAAUAUGAUCAAGUGCUUGUGCUUUCCACGGCACCAGAGGACGAACCAACCCAUUGGCAACAGACCAUCCUAUACUUGUAUGAACCAAUAGAGGUCAUACAAGAUCAAGUGAUUGAAGGUUCCAUUACCAUAUCUCAGAGUAUGGAGAACCCGCGGUUUUUGAAUAUUCACCUCGAGUACAGUUCAGGAGGCAGGUCUUUCAUAAAGGAGUCUAUUAUGCGAUGAUUUUGGACCUGCAGAUGUGAUUUGUCUUUCAGCGGCUAGUUUUAGAAAUAUGACUUCAUUAUUCAACAAAUCAUGAUCCCAUUCUACAUGCUCAAAUUUUUUGAUGAGGAAGAGUUUUUGAUCUUUCAAGAAUUUACUUUUUAUCUUAGACUGCAUUAAUCAAUUGCCACCUUGCUAAUAUGAAUGGGCAUGAUUCGUGAUGAGUCUGAUGACUAAAACCCAUGUGGUUCUUUCUUUUCUUUAAAUUUAUUUAGUUGUUAUUUUUUGUAAUUUUAAUUUAUAAUAUUUAGAUUAUGAUGAAGAUGCCUAUGCUUUU